UCUCGACAAUUGCAAAGAGCUAGCUUCAAGAAUGGCGUCCAAGGCGCUCCUCGUGUUCGCUCUCCUGCUCGCUGCCGCGUUCCUCGUCGCCUCAGCUAACGAGCAAACCCAGGAGAAGGAAGAGAACAAGGCCGACGCGCAGUACUACCGCGGCGGUGGCUACCCAGGCGGCGGCUGGCGCGGCGGGGGUGGUUACCCCGGCGGCGGCUACCCCGGCGGCGGCUGGCGCGGCAGGGGCGGCUACCCUGGCGGCGGCCGUGGCGGGUACUGCCGGUGGGGGUGCUGUGGCCGCGGGUACUACGGCGGCUGCCGAUGCUGCGCGCGCCCCGCCGAGAUCCCCGAGCCCAUGUACCGCCCGGAGUUCGUCGAGGUCCACAACUGAGUAGCUACGUAGCAUGUACGCGGGUCCGUACGGCUUUUACGUAGUCGGUAAAAGUUUGGUUUGAAAAAUAAAGGUGCAUGCCUGCAUCUAUGUGUGUACGUAUGUAUACGUAUGUCGCAGUGUGAUUUAUUGUCGUCAUCCUCUUGUGUA